GCCUUCAAUUCGGUGGCUCUCGGUGGCGUAGCUCCACAUACAAAGGGAAGCUAGACCCUCUUUCUUAUUUGUAGGCCGGGCGGAGAGCUCGGGCCCGGGGCAUGAUCCCGCUGUCUACUCGGGCCUCCGCCGGGCGGAAAUGAAGCCAAGAUGUCGGUGUCUGGGCUGAAGGCCGAGCUGCGGCUCCUCGAGUCCAUUUUCGGAAAAGAGCACGAAAGGUUCCGGAUCGUCAGCUGGAGGCUGGACGAGCUGCACUGUGUUUUUAUCCAGAGUACUGGGGUAGUCAUCACUAUCCACUGCAACAUCACGGAAUCCUACCCUUCCUCAGCACCAAUAUGGUUUGUAGAAUCAGAUGACCCAAAUCUGACCUCUGUUUUGGAGCGCUUGGAGGACAUUAAGAAAAGCAAUACUUUGCUUCUUCAGCAGUUGAAGCGUUUGAUUUGUGACCUGUGCAGAUUGUACAAUUUACCACAGCAUCCUGACGUGGAAAUGCUGGACCAACCUCUCCCCACUGGACAGAAUGGAACUACAGAAGAAGUCACAUCUGAAGAGGAAGAGGAGGAAGACAUGGGCGAGGAUAUAGAAGAUCUGGAUCAUUAUGACAUGAAGGAGGAAGAGCCAGUUGAGGGCAAGAAAUCAGAAGAUGAAGGCAUUGAGAAAGAGAAUCUAGCCAUUUUAGAGAAAAUCAGAAAGAAUCAAAGACAGGAUCACCUGAAUGGUGCGGUUUCUGGAUCAGUCCAAGCCUCCGAUCGUCUCAUGAAAGAGCUCAGGGAUAUAUAUAGGUCACAGAGUUAUAAAACAGGAAUUUAUUCAGUGGAGCUUGUAAAUGACAGCUUGUAUGAAUGGCAUGUUAAGCUUCUUAGGGUUGACCCAGACAGCCCUCUCCACAGUGACCUUUUGGUCUUAAAAGAGAAGGAAGGAGUAGAGUGUAUAUUACUCAACUUCUCCUUUAAGGAUAACUUUCCGUUUGAUCCUCCAUUUGUUAGAGUUGUGUCUCCAGUACUCUCUGGCGGGUAUGUGCUGGGAGGUGGAGCUCUCUGCAUGGAGCUGUUAACUAAACAGGGCUGGAGCAGUGCCUAUUCUAUAGAGUCUGUAAUUAUGCAGAUCAAUGCUACCCUAGUGAAGGGCAAGGCACGUGUGCAGUUUGGUGCAAACAAGAAUCAGUAUAAUCUUGCUCGAGCACAGCAAUCCUACAAAUCACUAGUACAGAUCCACGAGAAGAAUGGCUGGUACACUCCUCCUAAAGAAGAUGGUUAACUUGAACAUUUCUUGGACCAGGAUUUAAAAACAAACUUUUUUUCUAUUUCUUUCCAAAACAGAUCCCACAUUGCCCUUUUUGGUCCUCUGUACAGCAUAUGUUAGUUAAUAGAUAUUUAAUAGGAACUAUCAGACCUGUAUAUUAUACCAUGUCUGCUUCUCUUGAAAUGAGAACCAACUGCCUUUACUGAUGAGAGGCCACUCCAAAUAUUUUAAUGUUCUAUUUAAAUCAAAGGUAUAGCUUAGUUACAUCCAUUCCACUUUUAUUAGACUAUUGUAAAUUGCUUUCACAUAUUUUUUCUUUGUUUGUUGCAGGAGUUAUUCUGCAAGAAUUUUUUUUUUUGCUUUGUAUAGUUUCAUUUAAAGCCAAACAAAAGUUUGAUACUGUUUAAUAACACUGUUUAAGAAUGCAGUUUUAAAAAUGGAUAAAAGUAGGUAAUUUAUUUUUUCUGCUGAGAAUUCUAAAAAAAAAAAAACCCACAAGAUACAUUUUUGUAGCAUUGCCAAAUUUGAUGGAUGUCGAUGAGGAGAUGCAUAGUGAAUGAAGCCAUUAAAUUACGCUUGACGUGUACCAAAUUUUCUACUUUAGGGUUUUCACAAGAAUUUUCUUAUAUUUUUUCAUCUUGUGUUGGCUUGUGGUGUUCAAAAUGGACGUGCUGGAAUAAAUGGCAGAGUAUUUUCCAUCUAUAAGAUCAGCAUAACCUGCACCAUUUCAUAGUAAACAUUUUGAGUUUUGGCACAA